CUAGACGCGUGGGGCCCACCUCUCGUCAUCCUUUCUCGUUCUCUUAAAACGAUUCAAAAACCGCCACUUUUCUUUUACUUCUCUCCAUUUAUUAUGGGCCUGGCCCAACUUCAACGUUACAAAAAUUCAUAAUUCAUAAUUGGGCUUCAAAGCCCAUUUUUAUUCAUCAAUGGGCCGAUGAAGGGCCCAAACGAAUCCCUCGAUGCGUGGGGGCCACGUCUCUUCUUCCUUGAUUCAAAAACCGCCCCUCUGUAACUUCUCUGUUCCACUUUUCACUCUCCCAUGGCUUCCUCUCCAUUUUUCCCUCUCCUUCUCAGCCUCUUCUCUCUCUUCUUCCGACUUAACUCCGCCGCCUACUCCAUCGGCGUCAACUAUGGCACGGUUGCCGACAACCUCCCUCCGCCGUCCCAGGUCGCUGCCUUCCUCAAAUCCCAAACCUCCAUCGAUCGCGUCAAGAUCUUUGACGCCAAUCCCGAUAUCCUUCGUGCCUUCGCCGGCACCGGCAUCGCCCUCACUAUUUCCGUCGUUAACGGUGACAUUCCAACCCUCGCCAAACUCCCCGCCGCUCAGUCUUGGGUCGCCAUUAACGUUCUUCCGUUUUACCCCAACACUCUGAUCAACUACAUCGCCGUCGGGAAUGAGAUUCUCGCCACUUCCGACAAGAAUCUCAUAGCGCAUAUGCUCCCGGCGAUGAAGGCUUUACAUUCCGCUCUGAGGCUCGCGAAUAUCUCUGAUAUUAAGGUUUCAACCCCUCAUUCCUUGGGCAUUUUGUCGGCGUCGGAGCCGCCGAGUAACGGGCGGUUCCGGCGGGGGUACGACCGUGUCAUAUUUGCUCCGAUCCUCGAGUUUCACCGUCGGACCAAGACGCCGUUCAUGGUGAAUCCGUACCCCUUUUUUAGUUUCAGACCGGCGACGCUGGACUUCGCGCUGUUCAAGCCCAACGCCGGGGUUUUCGACAACGUCACUGGAAUGCACUACACGAACAUGUUCGACGCGCAGCUGGAUGCGGUUUACUCGGCGAUGAAGAAGCUCGGUUACGGCGACGUGGACAUCGUGGUGGCGGAGACUGGUUGGCCCUCCGCCGGCGACCCAAAUCAACCCGGCGUGAGCAUGGAGAACGCCAUUUCGUACAACCGGAAUCUCGUUAAGCUUGUCAACUCCGGUAUCGGAACGCCAUUGAUGCCGAACAGAACCUUCGAAACUUACGUCUUCGCUCUUUUCAACGAGAAUCUCAAACCGUCGGCUUCUGAGAGGAACUACGGCCUAUUCAAACCCGAUCUAACUCCGGUCUACGACGUCGGCAUCCUCCUGAACCAACCGUCAAUGGGGCCCACGUCUCCGAACGCACAGGCACCAGAACCGUCGGAUGUGGGGAGGAAGUGGUGCGUGCCGAAAACGGACGUGUCAGAUGAAGCGUUGCAGAAGAAUAUUGACUACGUGUGUAGCAGCGGANCAGAUGAAGCGUUGCAGAAGAAUAUUGACUACGUGUGUAGCAGCGGAGUGGAGUGUGGGCCCAUAGAAGCCGGCGGGUCCUGCUACAAUCCGAAUACGGUCCGGUCACAUGCUUCGUACGCCAUGAACGCUUACUUUCAGUCCGCCGGCCGCCAUGAUUUCAACUGCGACUUUAACAACACCGCCCUCCUCGCCGCCGCCGACCCCAGUUAUGAGACCUGCAGCUACCCGUUCGAUGAAGAAAAGUUAACGGAAAAAUCGGCGGCGAUAACCAGUAGAAUGAUCGGGGCGGUGGCGCUCGCAUGUAUUGCGGUGGUUGGUGUGGCGGUGUUUUAUUAAUUUGAAACAAAAGUGAGAUUUGGUGUUUUUUUUAUUUUUUAUAAUUUACAUACAAAACUCAAUUAAUGUAAAGCUUGGAGGAGUUGAAUAACAAUGAAAAAUAUUCCCUCUACGCUUAAUUUUCACGGCGGCGGCACAGUCGGAAAAAUGGCCGGAAUUCUCAAUCACUCCAUGCAUAUCGCGCAGCUCCGAUCGUCACUGCGGCGGCCGGGGAAUCUUCUUCUGUCUGCCGCCGUGCUCCUCGCGAGUUAUAGUUUGAUUCUGAGUCGUGGACUCUGGUUUGGAUCUGUCGGCGGGGUUGAAGGUAAAAAUAAUGAAAAAUGAACAUAAACGCAAUCAUUAGAGCACAAACCACCGCCACCAACAUGAAGCCGCUUGCGAUUGUUAUCCUCAUCGUUAGUUGAAACAUUCCGGCAGCGGCGGAGGAGAUGGGGAAGACGGGGAAGAUGAAGAUUUGAUUGAUUUUCAAUGUUUUUAU